CAUGCCCUCUAGCCAUCUUCACCACCCAAUAAUACCCAAUUGAUAGCUAGAAAGAAUAAUAUGGGAGGAAAAGGGUAUGCUCUAUGGCUCUUCAUUAUUGAAAUCUUGGUGCAUUUUUCCACAUCAAGAAGUGCCAAAGUUCCUUCAAUAAUAGUGUUUGGAGACUCCUCUGUGGACUCAGGUAACAACAACUUCAUUCCAACCAUUGCAAGGAGCAACUUUGAGCCUUAUGGUCGUGACUUUUUCAAUGGAAACCCUACUGGGAGAUUCUCCAAUGGACGCAUUGCCCCUGACUUCAUCUCUGAGGCCUUUGGCAUUAAGCAAUCAGUUCCUGCAUACUUGGAUCCAGCUUAUAACAUAUCUGAUUUUGCCUCUGGGGUGUGCUUUGCUUCUGCUGGAACUGGAUUUGACAAUGCUACUGCAAGGGUUGCUGAUGUGAUACCUCUAUGGAAAGAAAUUGAGUACUACAAGGAGUACCAAAAGAAACUGAGGGCACAUCUUGGGGAUGAGAAGGCCAAUGAAAUAAUAAGAGAGGCUUUAUAUUUGGUCAGCAUAGGGACCAAUGACUUCCUUGAGAACUACUACACACUCCCUGAAAGAAGGUGUGAAUUCCCUAUUGUUCAGCAAUAUGAGGACUUCCUCCUAGGGCUUGCUGAGAGCUUCUUCAAGGAAAUUUAUGGCCUUGGGGCAAGGAAAAUUUCUCUGACUGGGUUGCCUCCUAUGGGGUGUCUGCCACUGGAGAGAGCAACAAACAUUUUGGAGUACCAUAAUUGUGUUGAGGAAUACAAUAAUUUGGCCUUGGAGUUCAAUGGAAAGUUGGGGUGGUUGGUGACAAAGCUCAACAAGGACCUCCCUGGACUUCAAUUGGUUGAUGCAAAUGCUUAUGAUAUCAUACUGCAAAUCGUUAAACACCCUUCUCGUUUUGGUUUUGAGGUAGCAGAUACGGGAUGCUGUGGAACAGGGAGAUUUGAGAUGGGUUUCCUGUGCGAUCCAAAAUUUACAUGUGAAGAUGCAAAUAAGUAUGUAUUUUGGGAUGCAUUCCAUCCAUCAGAAAAAACAAGUCAGAUAGUCUCAAGUCAUUUAAUUGAAAAAUAUCUAGCAAAGUUUCGUUGAUUGAAUAUUAUAGUAUAGUAACUCUGCUGUGUGAUUUUAUCUAGCAAAUGGCAAAACAUAAUCAUGUAAACAUUGAUAUACUAAGUAUAUAACAUUGUAUGUCGUCGAAGUGGCGUCAAUACAACAAUAUAUGGAAAAUAAUAAUGGCAUAUGUACGUAAUUAUUUUAUAUGAUUA